CCAUAUUCGAGUCGCCGGUAAGACGAGAUCAGCGUCAUGCAGCCAGAGACCUUCACCCCUGCCAUGCGCAGAGAGUUAGGAGUGUUGCCAGCGGAGGCAGAGGUAGAUGAGGACCUCACAUCCCCUGGAGAAACAUCUGCAAAGGGGCUGGACAGGCUUGAUAGUCGCAAAGGUUGCCUCCUGGCACGAGCCGACCCCAGGAUGCAGGAGUUGGCUCGUCUAGCAGCGGAGGAGCGACAGAGACAGUCGGGGACGCUUAUGGAGAUGCCCCCCGAUGAACAGGCGGCUGCCCACAUCGAUCCGGUGACAGAGGUUCGUGAUGGGACGCAGGUGGAGGUAGCUGGACGUGAGGCAGCUUUCGCAGGGAUGCAGGGGGAGGCAGCUGCAGGCGAGGCGACUUCAGCAGGGAUACAGGGGGAGGCAGCCGCAUGCGAGGCGACUUCACCAGGGAUGCUGGGGGAGGCAGCUGGACGCGAGGCAGGUGGAGGCGAGACGGGUGGAGGCGAGGCAGCUGGGAUGUCGAGAGAGGCGCAGGGGUUGCACGAGACCGGGGUCCCCGCACCAGACGACCCGCGUCUGGUGCCCGACCUGCCUCUUCACGAAGGGCAGAGGACCGAGGAUGCUUUGCUUGAGACCAAGGACAUGCCUCUGGGUCUGGAGGACAUAUAGGCGGGUCAGUUGAUGGGCGUUGUCAAACCAAAUACCCUUACAAGGGUAUUUGGCGUGCUUUUUGCAAAUC